GAUUUGUUUCUUGGAAAGCUUGGCUAUGAAUCACCUUCAAGUUCGUCAAAACCAUUAAUAAUUGCCCAUUGAUUAUGUUGCUUCCAAAAAUGUCAAAAGAACAAAAACGGAACUUGGAAUGAAAGUAAUAAUGGCACAAUAAUCACCUGCUGCACUUUAGCCAACAGCAGAAUUAGUACUACAGACAAUAAAUAUGCAUCCUGAACACCAGCUCACAGUUGUUGGGUUCACAGGAUGUUCAUGAAGUACAUCAACCUAGACUACACAUAUAUACAGAUAUAUGUAUGAACAAAGUUGAGAGUUGGGCUUUUAAGAAUCUGCAUAAAGAUGGAGGUGUUUUAUGUGCUCUGGACAGCCUUAAUUCUUCUGCAGGGAUUGGGAGUUAAUGCAAACAAUGUUCACAUUGUUUAUAUGGGGCAGAAGCAAUAUGAGAAUCCACAACUGAAUCAGCAAUUGCACCAUGAGACUCUUGCCUCAGUUCUUGGAAGCAAGGAAGCAGCACAGAGCUCAAUGGUUUACAAUUACAAGCACGGCUUUUCUGGGUUCGCAGCUAAGCUUUCGCACAGUCAAGCUAAAGCCAUUGCAGAUCUCCCUGGUGUGGCCUGGGUAUUGCCCAACAAGAUUUUAAACAUGCACACCACACGCAGUUGGGAAUUUCUUCAGCUGACUCUUAAAUCAACCAAAGGCUUGCUUCAUAAGAGCAAGAUGGGAGCAGACACUAUUGUGGGUGUUAUAGACACAGGGAUAUGGCCAGAAUCUCAAAGUUUCAAUGACAGUUACAUGGGACCGAUACCAUCCCGUUGGAAGGGACUAUGUCAGGAAGGAGAGUUGUUUAAUUCAUCGAAUUGCAACAGGAAGAUCAUCGGUGCACGCUGGUAUAUUAAGGCAUACGAAGCUGAAUUUGGGCCACUAAAUAGGAGCAGUGUAAGAGAGUUUUUGUCACCCCGUGAUGCAUUAGGUCAUGGAACUCAUACUUCUUCAACAGCAGCAGGUGAUUUUGUAGAUAAUGUGAACUUUCUCGGGCUAGCUCCAGGAUCUGCAAGAGGGGGUGCCCCUGGAGCUCGCAUUGCAACAUACAAAGUAUGCUGGGCUACAGGCGAUUGCAGUUCAGCUGACAUACUUGCUGCAUUUGAUGAUGCAAUUCAUGAUGGUGUGGAUGUAAUCUCUGUAUCUCUUGGAUCACCACCUCCACUUGAUGCUUAUUUUGAUGACCCCAUAGCUAUUGGAUCAUUUCAUGCUCUGGAAAAAGGAAUUGUUGUGGUUUGCUCAGCUGGAAAUUCUGGACCUUACUCGGAUACAGUUACAAACACAGCUCCCUGGUUAAUCACAGUAGCAGCCAGCACAAUUGACAGAAGUUUCCCUACUGCAUUCACUCUCGGAAACAAUCAAACAUUCAAGGGCCAAGCAUUGUAUACUGAAAAUCACAUGGGGAAGUCCUAUAACCUUGUUUAUGCAGAAGAUAUUGCUUCUAGGGAUGCUGCUGCCUCCAAAGCUAGGACUUGUGAGGCAGACUCUCUUAAUGCUACUUUAGCAAAAGGUAAAUUUGUUCUAUGCUUCCAAACUAGAACACAAAAGCCAAGCAGUGCUGCAGCACUUACUGUCUACAAUGCCCAAGGAAUUGGAGUGAUCUAUGCUCAGAUCAGAACCAAGACUAUAGUUUCUUCCCCGAUUAUUCCAUGUGUACAAGUGGAUUUUGAAGUGGGCACUAGUAUUCUUUCCUACAUUCAGGCAUCAAGAUCUCCUGUUCUGAGUCUAGCCGCCACAGAAACAGCUAUCAAGAAGACACUUGCUCCGCAAAUUGCAUUUUUCUCCUCUAGGGGACCUAGCUCUCUGUCUCCAUCAAUAUUAAAGCCAGACAUUGCUGCACCUGGUGUCAAUAUCUUGGCAGCGUGGCCUCCUGUUUCUCCGCCAUCUGAUAUGCCACUUGACAGACGCAUUGUUAACUUUAAUAUUGAGUCUGGAACGUCAAUGUCUUGCCCCCAUGUAUCGGGUAUAGUCACUCUUCUCAAAGCCUUGCACCCAAGGUGGAGUCCUGCUGCAAUUAGGUCAGCAUUGGUAACAACAGCUUCUGUAACAGAUGAGUUUGCGCUGAAAAUAGUAGGAGAAGGAGCACCCCAAAAAGUUGCAGACCCUUUUGACUAUGGGGGAGGUCAUGUUAAUCCCAACAAAGCAGCCGAUCCAGGCCUUGUAUAUGAUAUGAAAUCAGAAAACUACAUACCGUUCUUAUGCAGCAUGGGAUAUAACACCUCGGCCAUUCAUCUGAUAACAGGUAAAUCCAAAUCCAAUAUUUGCAGUAGAAGUUCCAGCGACCUAAACCUCCCAACCAUCUCAAUACCCAAUCUAAGGGGUAAAUUGACACUUAGGAGGACCGUUACAAAUGUAGGUCCAGAAUUGUCCAUUUACAAGGUUCAUGUACAAUCCCCACCAGGUGUUGAAGUGAGUGUAAAGCCUAAGGUUUUGUCAUUCAAUGCCACAGGUUCAAAAAUGUCAUUCAGAGUCAUUUUAAAAACAGGGUUAAAUUUAGAAGGCAGAUACUCAUUCGGAGCAUUUGUUUGGAGUGAUGGAGUACACCAUGUGAGGACGCCUAUUGCAGUUCGCACAGUGGAACAUGAUUCUUUUAUCUGAUUGAUUGUACGUCUAGCUUCAUAAACAAAUCAAAUGUUUUAGGGUUUUUUUGUUAUUAUUAUUAUUAUUAUUAUUUUCAUAGUGUAUUCAUAUGGGUUUUAAUUCUAUUUUAAGAUAAAUUUUAUA